CACACUACAAAUGUCUCUCAAAAAUUGUGCGCACGCUUUUCCGCAGAAAAAAUAAUUUAAUUUUAGUUUUUAGAGCGGAAAAUACGGUUUAAUUUUGUGAUAAUCGAGUGCGGCACGAUAUUUACAACGCGUCCGCAUAACUUUUCUGCAAGGAUGCAUCGCAGAGAUGUGGAUAUUUUGUGAUUAAAAAUUCUCCCCAUCUGAGAUGUCUCAAACAUGAAUGAAGGUAAUUCAGCAGGAGGGGGGCAUGAAGGGCUAAGCCCGGCCCCUCCUGCUGUGCCAGACCGCGUAACUUUACACUCUACGGAAAAAUCAGUUGCCCACCCAAAAUUGAACACAACUACAACUGCGGCUACAACAACAACAACAGUGACUAGCAAUAGAACAUCAGCAGCAGCCCUACCGGCUUCCCGCUAUUCAGCGCAACCGAAAGGAGUCCGCAGCAUCAGUAGACAACACCAACAGCAGCAGCUGCCCAGUGCGCAGCUGCCUGUGCCGCUGUCGCCCUUGCCGCCACAACAGCAAACGACAGAGGCAACGGCAGCCACGCCAGUAGCAGCACCACCUUCCAGCACACUCAUCUCAUCCGCCUACUCCGCCACCACGAGCAUCAUAGAAGCCUCCGCCUCGCCGCCGCAGGCCAAGCGUCAGCGUUUGGACAACAGUCCGAACUCGAGUCAGGCGAGCAGCAUUGUCGGGAGUGCCAGCAGCAAUAUCGUUGGCUCCCUGCUGCCGGCUUCUGUGGCCUCCAGCAGCGAAGUCGGUGGGGUAUCUUCGGAAGCCCUGCAGGACUCGAAUGCACUCAAGAAGCGCAUUCUGCAGCAGAAAUUGCAAAUUUUGCGUACUCUUAAGGAAAGACAUCUUGAAAAUGUGUCCGAAUACUUUUACCUACAAAACGGCGGCAGUAUGAUGGACUACCCUGCGUGGCGUAAAAAGACACCAACCCCGCAAUUCAUCAGCUACAGCAAUGCAAAUCGUAUAGAUCAGCUGGUACACGAGGAGAAACCGAGCACGUCAGCGGCAGCCGGCGCGGCUCAAUCCCAAGGAAUACCAACGCAACAAGCAAGAGUGGAGACGACGCUAACGGUGGUUAGCGGAACAAGCAGCACAGGGACGACUGUACAACAGGUGCACGGAAGCAACAAUAGCACAGCGAAAACGAAUACGCAAUCUCAAUUGCCAGAAAAGAUUGGCAGCAACACAACGAUCACUCCCGCAGCGAUAGCAGCAACAGCAAGCCAGUCGAGUAACAGAAGCAGCAGUAGUCCCGCCGCAGCUGCAGCCACAGCGGCAAGCAGUAUAUCUAACACCACAAGCAGCAGUGUAGUCGAGGCAAGCGGUAAUGUUCAUCCACCGGAGGCGGAGAUCAAGAUUCCAGCAGUGGGCGCCACACCAGUGGCCAUUUCGACAAAACUACCCGCCGCUGUUGUCCAGUUAACGCAGCAAGGUCACAUACCCGGUAGACCUUUAGGAGGUCGUCACGGUAUGGUAUUCGGUCAAAUACCCGCUCCUCCUGCUGCCGUAGGAAAUUCUUCUGUACCUUUGGUGCCAGGUGGUACUCCGCUGGUACCCUGCAGUACCGCAGUCGGUUCGACGACUCUCCGACGCACCCAGAGUCACAAUAAUGCCGCAAGUGGAAGUGGAAGUGCAGCCGCCGCAACGGCAGCCACAUCAACGACGCCGCUGUACACGGGUAAUGGUCCGACGAGCAGCGGCAGUGGAGCCAUCACGCCCGGCACUCCAAGUGGAAGCCUGCUUAGCCCAGGCCUUGCCCUGGCUGGCGUGGGCACACCGACCAGUGCGGCGCAAGAGUUUUCGUUUAAGGCCAAGCAGGAGGUGUACGUGAUGCAGCGUAUAUCCGAACUACAGCGAGAGGGAUUAUGGACUGAACGGCGGCUGCCAAAGCUGCAGGAGCCGAGCCGACCGAAGGCGCACUGGGACUACCUUCUCGAGGAGAUGACCUGGCUGGCGGCUGAUUUCGCCCAGGAGCGCAAAUGGAAGAAGAAUGCGGCUAAGAAGUGCGCCAAGAUGGUUCAAAAGUACUUCCAGGAGAAGGCGAAUGCGGCCCAGCGGGCCGAGAAGGCCCAAGAGCUGCACCUGAAGCGAGUGGCCUCCUUUAUUGCCCGCGAGGUGAAGCGCUUCUGGACGAAUGUGGAAAAGUUGGUGGAGUACAAGCACCAGACGAAGAUCGAAGAGAAACGCAAGCAGGCCCUCGAUCAGCAUCUCAACUUCAUUGUCGGCCAGACCGAGAAGUUCUCCCAACAGUUGGUGGAGGGCAUGAACAAGAGCAUGGCGGCCGACACACCCAGCCUCAGCCUCAAUUCCAGCCGCCUUACCUCGCCCAAGCGGGAGUCUGAUGUUGAGUUUCGACCAGAGUCUGGCUCUGAGGAUGAUGAGGAGACUAUUGCCAAGGCGGAGGAGGAGGCGGCGGACGUCAAUGAGGAGGUGAAGGCUCUCGCCAAGGAAUCGGAAAUGGAUUUCGAUGAUUUCCUGAACGAUUUGCCCCCCGGAUAUCUGGACAAUCGUGAUAAGCUCAUUAAGGAGGAGGAGCAUACCAGCGCUGCGGUGAACACGGAGGCUGUCGGCGAGGAGGGCGAGGACAGUAACGACAGUGAGUUUGAGGCGAAGGAGGCAAGCGAAGACGAUGAGAACACCAUCAGCAAGCAGGAGGAGGCCGAGCAGGAGAUCGAUCACCAAAGGGAGAUCGAUGAGCUGGAGGCCGACAAUGACCUGCCGGUUGAGCAGCUGCUGAAGAAGUACAAGUCUGGCAGAAUCAGUGAUCAGCCGCCCAGUCCCAAGCGACGAAAGCUGGAGCCUCGUGGCGCCUCAGAACUCGAUUCGGAUGACGACUCGACGGCAGUGGAUGAUGAGUCUACCGAUAACAGCGAUGUAGAUGCCAGCGAAGAGGAUGACGACGAAGAUCUAUCCACAAAUGAAACCGAAACUGAAGUGGAUGAGGAAGAUCAGGAAGAUGGCCUCAAGAGUCUGUUGACAGAUGAGACCGCCGAAGCGGGUGGAGCAGGAGCGUUAACAGCUGGCAAUGCCAGUGCAGCUGAUGCUACUGCUGGGGCUAAUAAAGACGACAUGCUCAAUGAUGCCGCCGCUCUCGCCGAGAGUCUCCAGCCCAAGGGCAACACCCUGUCAUCCACCAAUGUGGUCACUCCUGUGCCCUUCCUGCUCAAGCAUACGCUGCGCGAGUAUCAGCACAUCGGACUGGAUUGGCUGGUCACGAUGAACGAGCGCAAGCUGAAUGGCAUCCUGGCCGAUGAGAUGGGGCUGGGGAAGACCAUUCAAACGAUUGCCCUACUGGCUCACCUUGCCUGCGCCAGGGGCAACUGGGGACCGCAUCUGAUUGUGGUGCCAUCGUCUGUGAUGCUCAAUUGGGAGAUGGAGUUCAAGAAGUGGUGUCCCGGCUUCAAGAUACUCACCUACUACGGUUCCCAGAAGGAGCGCAAGCUGAAGCGCGUCGGGUGGACCAAGCCCAACGCCUUUCACGUCUGCAUUACCUCCUACAAGCUGGUCGUCCAGGAUCAGCAGAGUUUUCGCCGCAAAAAGUGGAAAUAUCUUAUCCUCGACGAGGCCCAAAACAUCAAGAACUUCAAGUCGCAGCGGUGGCAGCUGCUGCUCAACUUUUCCACAGAGAGACGCCUGUUGUUGACGGGAACCCCGCUGCAGAAUGACCUAAUGGAGCUGUGGUCUCUGAUGCAUUUCCUCAUGCCCUAUGUGUUCUCCUCUCACCGCGAGUUCAAGGAGUGGUUCUCCAAUCCGAUGACCGGCAUGAUCGAGGGAAACAUGGAAUACAACGAGACUCUGAUAACGCGUCUGCACAAGGUGAUUCGUCCGUUCCUGCUGCGACGCCUCAAGAAGGAGGUGGAGAAGCAAAUGCCAAAGAAGUACGAGCAUGUGGUCAUGUGCCGUCUGUCGAAUCGCCAGCGCUAUCUGUACGAGGAUUUCAUGAGUCGCUCCAAAACGAGGGAAACCCUGCAGACGGGCAAUCUACUGAGCGUAAUCAAUGUGCUGAUGCAGCUGCGGAAGGUGUGCAAUCAUCCGAACAUGUUUGAAGUGCGUCCCAUCAUAUCGCCGUUUCAAAUGGAGGGCAUCACAUUUCACACGCCGCGUCUCGUCUGCGACAUUAUGGAGUAUGAUCCGUUCACGCAAAUCAAUCUGGAAACUGUGAAUCUCUUGCUGUUGCAUCUGGAGGAAACAUUGACCGCAUACGUGUCGCACAAGUGCCGCCUGCUCGCACCGCCACGCAAGCUGAUCGAGGAGAUCGACAGCGCCCCACAGCCGCCACCGCGCUGCCCCAAUGGCAAGUACCGGUUCCACAUACGAGUGCGAAGUGCGGAGCUGGCCCAACGGCUCAAAUUUAAUGCGGUGCGAGUGGGCGCCAGUCCGUCCAUGCGGCUGGAGGGCUCCAAAAUUGUGCCAAUGAGUAGCCUCUUGCCCAGUGGACGGUUCUUGAAGCGUGUCAGUGGCUCCAUUAACCCCAUUAAUAUGUCCCUCAAGCCGGUUGUGAUCAACAGCUGUUUAGUGACAACGACUACGCCGCCGACGACAACGACGACGCCGAUGGGAUUGACAUCCUCUCCAGGGGCAUCGCUAAACGUCUUGGCCAACUCGAAGAUGCUAAGCGCACGCUCCCAUAUGAAUGCCCCCACGCCAGCCAAGGUGGCAAAGACGAUGCAGGAUGGAAAACCCUUUUUCUACCUCACGCCAGCCACAAGUGCCGGAGGAGCUGGUGCCCGCUUGACUCUCACCAGCAAGACAUCGUCGUCGCCAUCGUCUGUCGCACCGACCGUUGUAACGUCCGCCAGCAGCAUAACGGGGUCAUCGGCCACGGGUACAGUAUUAACAUCUCAGCAGCUAACCAAGGAGCCCAUUUUAAGGGAUCUGGCCACGCAUGUGAAAAGCACGGCGGAGAAGAAGGCCAUAGCCAAUGGGAGCACAGAGUAUGAGGAGCAGGAUGAGGAGGAAGCAGAAGAUCCCUACAAAGUGCAGGAACUCAUACAGAUGCGCAAGGAGCAGCGUCUGGCCUCGCUCAAGCGCAUGGCCACGAUCAAUCGUCGGCGCACCGACGCCACUCCCAUCUACGGCGCAGACUGCCGCGUGGCCAUCCAGCGAUGCAUGCAGUCGACACGCACCCUGCGACGUUCCACCUGGCAGACUCGGGGCUUUUCCAACUGCUGCACGGCGAUGGUCCAUCGCGACGGCUGGUCCCUUAAUCACCUGCUCAAGACCUUUGAGCAGAGGUGUGCGGAAUUAGCUCCGAUCUUUAGCAACUUUGUGAUUUAUGUUCCUUCGGUGUGUGCGCCGUUAAUCCGUCGAUACGUCCAGAAUCUAUCCUCCACGCACUGGCAGUGCGAGCGGCAGAUCGAGAACAGGGUGGGGCAGGCCCUGCUGCCAAAGCUGGCCCUUCUGCAUCCAAUUAUCUCGGCGAUGACCACACAGUUUCCGGAUCCGCGGCUCAUUCAGUAUGACUGCGGCAAGCUGCAGACCCUGGAUCGUCUGCUAAGGCAGCUGAAGGUCGACGGCCAUCGUGUGCUGAUAUUCACCCAGAUGACCAAGAUGCUGGACGUGCUGGAGGCCUUCCUCAACCACCAUGGUCACAUCUACCUGCGACUAGAUGGCUCGACGCGCGUCGAGCAGCGUCAGAUCCUCAUGGAGCGCUUUAACGGGGACAAGCGGAUAUUCUGUUUCAUUCUAUCCACACGAUCGGGCGGCGUUGGCAUCAAUCUGACUGGCGCCGAUACUGUCAUCUUCUACGACUCGGACUGGAAUCCCACCAUGGAUGCCCAGGCACAGGAUCGUUGCCAUCGCAUUGGGCAAACACGCGACGUGCACAUAUAUCGCCUUGUGUCCGAGAAGACCAUUGAGGUGAACAUACUGAAGAAGGCCAAUCAGAAGCGAAUGCUUAGCGACAUGGCCAUCGAGGGGGGCAACUUCACCACGACCUUCUUCAAGAGCUCCACCAUCAAAGAUCUCUUCACAAUGGACCAGACCGAGCAGGACGAGACCACCACGCCUCCCCAGGAAGUCAUCAAGUCCGAGGAGAAGAUUGUCACGACAACGACGGCGACGACGACCGCGACCGCCGUUGUGGAAACGGAGAAACAGUCGCUGCGAGCAUUUGAGCAUGCUCUUGCCGCCGCCGAGGAUGAGCAGGAUGUGCUGGCCACCAAGACGGCCAAGGCCGAGGUGGCCGCAGAUCUGGCCGAGUUCGAUGAGAAUAUUCCCAUUGCGGAUGAUGCCAACGCUGAGGCAGUCGCCGGCUCCUCUCAGGUUGAGAUGAGCAAGGCCGAUCUGGACAUGCAGAAUCUUGUCAAGCAGCUGUCGCCGGUGGAACGCUAUGCCAUGCGCUUCGUGGAGGCUACUGGAGCUGCCUGGACGGCGGAACAACUGCGUGCCGCGGAGGCCGAGCUGGAGGCACAGAAGCGGGAAUGGGAGGCCAAUCGACUGGCUGUUAUGCAGAAGGAGGAGGAGCUGCUAAAGCCGGAAGCCGAGCCGGAGGAGCUGCUCACCUACAGUCGCAAGGAUUCGAGUAAUCAGGUCUGGAUAUCACGCAACACCAUGGAACAGAUGCCGAUGUGGUGCCCGCCCACGCCACCGCAGGACAAUGAUAACGAUAUCUACAUCGACCACUCGCUGUCGUUUAUGUACGACCUAGUGCCCAUCGCGGAGCUGGACCUGCCGCCCGUCUACGUGCGCAAGGAGAACAAACGGUCGCGCUCCGAGGCCGGCUACGACGGCAAUCGGCGACCCAACAAAAUGCGACGGGAGGACAACUGUGCGCCGCCCAAGUCGCUUUUCGAUCGUCCCACGCCGCAGCUGUCGCGGCUGCGUCGUGAACUGAAGAACCAGCGCUUCCGCGGCAGCUUUAAGCCCAACUCCCCCGUGCUGGGCAUGAAACCACAGGUGCCCGUCAAGCCACUGACCGAGCCGGAGGCCAUGAGCGAGUGGUGCAUCUUCGAGGACAUUGCCAUACUGCACGUGCUGGUCAAUCUGCAGGGCCUGCCCUGCAGCCUUGUCCAGCUGGCGCCUGGCCAGACGCCCAACUGGGACCUCGUCUCGGAGAUGGUCAAUUUCUGCUCGAAGACGUACCGCUCGGCCAGGCAGUGCCGCUACCGCUACGAGACCCACAUUCAGCCGCGUGAGGAGGGCAAGGUGGUGGAGAGUCCCAAGAAGCAGAAAAAGCUCAAGCCCACCCUGCGCACCGAGUACCUCAAGAGCCCGCUGCGCUAUCUGCGCACCACCCAGCUCUAUGCCAGCGACAACAACGCCUCCUUCUACAAGGUCAUGCGUUCCAGAUUCGACAGCAUCAAGACGGCCUACCUGAAGAAGGCACCACCCCCGAAGCGGCAGUUCAGUGCCCCCAGCCUGAUGAAUCCCAAGCACAUGGAGGUACUGCAGGAGUUUGGCAUACAGAACUACGACCAGCCCGUGCCUCCGCAGAAUAUUGCGGCGAUGAAGGCCAAUAAGAUCCGCGAGAAGCAACGUGGUGGUCAGCAGUUGCCGCCGCCACAGUCUCAACAGCAGCAGCAGCAACAACAUCAGCAACAACAGCAGCAGCAACAACAGCAGCAACAACAUCAACCGCAGCAACAGCAGCAGGCGCCGCAAAUCCCACAGCAGCCCCAGCAGCAACAACAACAGCAGCAGCAACAGCAGCUGGCCAUAGCUCCACCCGUUCCCCAAACACUGCCCGUACAACAGCAGCAGCAGCAACAACAGACUGUGGAACUGGUGCAGCAACAGCAGCAGCCCAUCAACGCAAACACAACGGUGUCGGUUCCCUCCGCCGGGCAGCUGCAGCAGUUGCAAAUCCAGCACCUAACCAGCGCCAACGUUUCGCCCGGCCAACAGACAGCCAUUCUGCUGCACCAGCCUCAGCAGCAGCUGCGCACCCACCCGGCACAAGGACCGCAGUCCACCACGCAGCAGCUGGUGAAGACAAUUGUGGGAAGCUCUUCCAACCUGACGGCUGGACAGCUGCAGCAGCUGGCCCAACAGUCGGCCGCUGCCAACCCGGGCCAAUCCAGCGUCAGUGUGGUGCUGACAACGCCCGUGCAAAGCUUGCCGUCCGUUGUUCAGACGCAGUCUGGGUCCGCAGCUCAGAUCGUGUCCAUAUCGUCCCAGACAACGCUCCCGGUAAACAGUGCCCCCCAACUGGGAAGCAUUGUGCAGACCCAGAGCCUGCCCCAGGUCGUCUCCGUCAGCACACUGCCCACUGUGGGCUCCGUGCUGACUACCACUGCCAAUCAGCAGCAGCAACAGCAGCAGCAGACCACGUCUGUGACCACCCUGAACACCGCCAUGCUGCGAGGUCAGCGCAUUGUGUCCGCCUCCACGGGAAACACGCUGCAGCAGCGCACAAAUGCAGCCGGACAGUCGAUUGUGUCCAUGCCCAAUCUCGGCCAGGGCGUCAGUCCCGCCCAGUUCCAGACGCAGCUUCGUCUGGCCGCAGUGCCCACAUCCCCAGCCACACAGACGCAGCUGGUGACUGCCAAGGGCAUUCCGGUGACUGCCCUUCAGCAGGGCGGCAAAACAACGGUCAUUCCGGGCACCCAGCAGCCAGGAGGUGCGCACAUCCAGCUGUAUCGCCAGCGCAGCCUGAAGGUGUUGCAAACGCAGCCGGCUCCCGGUGGCGGGGCAGCUGGCGGCGGAGUAGCCACCGCCAAUCUGGUGCAGACUGCGGGCACCAUAAUCCAGGCCAGCGGCAUGCCCACCCAUGUGACCAGCCAGAAGGUUGCCGUCUCAGGAAUGCCGGGAGCUGGCACCGUGCAGGCGGGCAACGUCGUUAGCAGUGUUCAAAUGCACGGCCAGGCCCGGACGCAGUUCAUCAAGCAAAUGGCCAGCAAGCAGGGACUGCAGCGUCAGGUGAUAUCAGCGGACGGCAGCACCACUUCGGCGGGGGCCGGAGAUAUGCUUCUGGUCAAGCGACACAACAUUUUGGCCGCCCAGAAGGCCCAGCAAGCUACGGGCGCCCUUUUCACCACCACAACAGCCGCUCAGCAACAGCAGGGACAGCCUCAGCAGGUCACCCAGCAGCAGAUUGCAUCGCUGGUGAAGGCCUCCACGGCGGCGGCCGCCAGCGGGAGUAGCGUGAGCGCGGGAGGAGUCACCGUCUCGGCCACGGGACCGACCGUGCAGGCAGGCAGCGUGAAUAUCCCCCUGCCGCAGCUGAAGCCCGGAAGCCAGAUCAAGGUUACCAUGCCCAACCAGAUGCGGCAUCUGCAGAUGCAGCAACAGCUGACGAUGCCGCGCAAGAUCAGCCGAAUGACGCAGCUAGUCAGCGCCAGCGGCCAGCCAACGGCCACCAACAUUGUGUCCGGUCCACAGCCACAACAGCAGCAACAGCAGCAGUCGGGGGGCGUGACCGUGUCCGGUGGAGGAACGCUGCCAACGGUUGCCGGCCAACAGCAGCAACAGAAGGUGACUACCACCGGUGGAGGCAGUGUCCAGGCACAGCUGCUGCACAUUCAGAACACCAAGACGCUGCCCAGCUCGGUGACGGUGCAGCAGAUCCAACAGGUGAUGCGCAGCGGGCAGCAGGGGACGCUGGCCACCACUAAUCUGGUGCUGGGCAAGACAAGUGUCGGACGGGUAAUUCCCGUGUCGGUGGCCUCGCAGGCUAAUCAGCGCCAGACCAUCCAGGUGGUAUCGGCCGCCUCUGCCCAGGCCCUUGCUGCCGGCAAUUUGCGCACUCACGUGGGUAGUCCGGGCAUUGCCAGCACCCUGAAAGUGGCGGCUGGGGGCCAGACCACGCAGCAAACUCUGAUUGCUGCCCUUCAGCACAAUCAGCGGCAAAAUGCUAGUCCCGUCCGACUCCAGACCACUGCCGGUGGAAAUCUUCUGGCAGUUGUCCAGCAGCAGCAGCAACAACAGCAGCAACAACAACAGCAGCAGCAGCAGCAACAACAACAACAACAACAACAACAACAACAACAACAACAGCAGCACACCAGCAUCGCUGGGCCCACAUCAGGGCCAGCUGAGGUGAUGACCAUAACGCAGACCACCACGACCUUGCCAACGGUGAGCGGUAUGCAGCAGCAGCAGCAGCAGGGCGGCGUGUCACAACCCACAACGCAACAGGUACGCAAGCUGGUGCAGAAAAAGAUCAUGAUCCGCAGCGAGAAAGAAUAACAUUUAGCGCAUUGUCGAUCGCAAAGAGCCGCCAGGCCUCGCAAUCGGCGGAGCAUCUCGAGCAUCACCUCCACCGUCGCUUCCACAAACACCUCCAACUCGAACUCGAACUCAACCUCAAACUCGAACUCCAAUUCCCACUACACAACCGCAACCACAACAAGCACAAGCACCACCAACUCAGUCAACUGCCAAUCAAUUUGAAUCUUUCGAACCAAACCAAGUUUCGACCAAAUUCCAAACACUCAUACCACGUCGAUCUUCAUGCAUUCAAUCAAUCAAUCAAUCAGCCAAAUAGUUCAGUCAUUGCUAAAUUGAUCUCAAUUUCUGUCGAUUGGUUUUGCAGCCAUGAGCGAUGGCGAUGGCCGGUCGCUCGACAUCUGUUGUGGAUAAUGGGGAGAAAAUCGUGCUGAUGACGAUGACGAUCGCUUCAAUCAGCUCGGGGCGUGGCCACCGUUUUAAUUUUACCAAUCAUAGUGUACCGUAGCCCUAUUUUAAUACGCAACUACUCUUAACGACCUAUAGUAAUUACUGGCAAACUGCCUGCUUUAAAUAUAACUUGUAAAAUAUUAGCCCUCUAAGUUAUCCCCUCACCUCUCCGCCGAAUGUACAUUUGCAAAUCCAUCAGAUACUACAUACUACAAACCCAUAAACAUAUAUUUAAGUUUAGACACUAAUUACUUAUGCUUUAGGAUAAAGAACAAAUU